GUGCGUCUGGGGCAGUCGCGUUGUAGAAUAUUAAACAUGUUUAAUAUUUCUCAUGACGGGUUAAAACUGUCCCCGACGAUAGUAAAAUAGUAAAAAUGUAAAGUUUGCAGGACCGCAUAUCCAGUAGGUGGGGUGUUGCGAAGGUGUGUACGCACACAACCAAAUUUGGCAAGGUCCAUAUUUCCAAGACAGUCUAGAAUGUACUGAAUAUAAGUUUGUGAUUUUGUGUGAUUUAAAAUAAAAUCUUAAAUGUUUACAUGUGAUUCGUAAAAACGCAAUUCAUGCUAUAUUUUAUGUAAUGGCUUAGGGGCAACCUGUAAUAUAUUAUCUAUCAAGUGAAGUAAUUAUAUACUCCAUACAAUUUUUACAAAUAUGAAAUUAUUAUGCAUAUUUAAUUACUUUCACAGCUGGUGGAGGUACAAUAAUACCAAGUUUGGUUAUGCAAAAGAGUGGAUGGUAGUCUUGGAUGGCAAGGUGGCAUAUGUUAUAUCACCUUCAGAGGGAAGUUUGGUAAACGCUCUUGCAACUCUUUUUGCAAGCUACUAUGCAUUCAACUAUGAGUAUCAGGAAGAAGCAGCUACCACAUUGGAGUUCAUACAAAGAUGCUUAAAACGUAUAAAUCCAGAAUCUGGAACUAAAUGCACAACAAACAGGACCAGCAAGAAGACAGCAAACUUGUCGAAAGAAAAAGAGAAGUAAUUUCCCAUGUUGCGACAUUUAUAAAAAAAAACAAAAAAACCUGGCAGAUUUCGAGUGGACAACAGCUUAAGAACCACACUCAAAUGAAUUACACUCUUUAUGCUAUUAAAAGUAUAACUAUAUUGUAUUAGUUUGCUAUUAAGCUUUUACUACAAUAUUUCAAGCAUUGUUUCAAGGAGCUUUCAAACGUUUUAAGAAAUAAGGAGUUUCAACAGUUUUAUUUGAUAUUGUUAUUAUUCAUUGAGUUAGUAUUAUUAUAUUGAUGCAACGGUCGUCAUGGAUGUCGCCCAGUAUAACGAGAAAGUCUUGCAUCUCUUGAACACCCCUACGUAUAGGAGGAUCAAGAAAGACCCGACUAAAGCUGUUAGAGGUUUCAUAAGGUACUUUAGAGGGCGACAUCGUGUGUCAUCACUUGUCACGUGAUUAUGCGUGACAUCUUUAGCUUGGGCAUUGGCUUGUGUCAGUGGCGUCCUGUAAGCGAGCGGGAUUUGACGUGUUUUUGAACCACUCACCUGACAUUCUGAUCAUGUACAUUUUAUGGUAUGUUGUUUCUUCAUUUUAUGUACGAAUUAGCUUUAUAUAAAUGAUUACAUAUG